UUUUGUUUAGUAUAAAAAUUCCAGUAUUAAGCAUCGGCAACUCUGUUGUAGCUUCUUUAUGUGCAUUUAUGGCUGAUUAUUGGGAUACUAAGCCUUUUUAAUCAAAAGUAAUUUUCAAAAAGCUAGCUCAAGAAAUAUGUCUUCAAAACGUCCAGCCGCCACGGAAUUAAAUCACGAUAAUUGGGAUAAGGAGGAAGAGCCUGAAGAGCGUGGUAAAUUUCGACCAGCUUCCCAAGAUGAAUUAAAAAAUCGUGUCAUAAAGAAGGCUAAACGUCAUGUAAGCAUCACAAAUCCAACCGAAGGCGCCGAUUCCACCAAAGGUAUAUUUGGUUCCUUUGCUGGCCUGUGCAAGGAAACUGGUACUUCCAAAACUCCUCCUUUUGCGUUCAUCUCGAAACUGCCAGUGUCGGCAAAUGGCCCUACCAGCACUCUUGCGUCCAGUAAUUUUUCUUCUGGCACCAAUAUUUCUAAACACAUACAAGGCCCCCAAAGUAGCCACAAGGGUGAAUUUAAAGCAAUAACACCUUCAUUUUCGUUUACCUCCAGUGCAGAAUCCAACAUGGAGUUUUCAAAAUUAACUGACAAUCUUUCGGAGUACUAUGGGAAACUCAAAGGGUUAAAUCAGGCUGUUAGUGCCUGGAUUAAAGUCCACGUGGAUAAGAAUCCAGUAUGUAUAUUAACGCCAAUUUUUAAAGAUUACCAAAAGUUCUUAAAAGACAUUGAAAAAGACAACGCACAAAUAGGCAGCGAUCCAAUAAGCGAUGUUCAAACGGGCUCUGGCGUUACAAAGGCAACAAUAACGCCUCCAAAUACGUUCCAGUUAAGCGGUUCGAAUAUAAACGCUACCACAGUAGAUAGUGUUACAGUUAUGCCGCCAAUUUCACUUACCAAUUCAAAGCUAACUGACAGUAAAGUAAAUGGUUUCGGCUUUGGUGUGAAGGAGAGGUCGCAAGAAGCAAAUGCCGUAAAAAUUAACCCAACAACCACCUUCAAUUUCGUUUCUGAAAAAACAAGUGAGGCCGAUCCAUCUGUAAAGAGUUUCGGUUUUGCUAAACCGUCUGUUGAAAACGCUGUAAAUCUUAAAACGUUUUCCUUUAAUAAUAGCAAAGCGCCAGCCGCACAAUCAGCAACUGCAUCUGACGAGGAAGAAGAUGAAGAUGAUCAGCCACCAAAAACGGAAUUUAAAGCAGUAAUCGAGGAGAACGCUUUCUAUUCAAAAAGGUGUAAAGUUUUUGUUAAGAAAAAUGGUAAUUAUGCGGAUAAAGGUAUUGGCACUUUGUACUUAAAGCAGGUAGAAUCGACAGAAAAAACUCAUCUGCUGGUGCGAGCAAACAAUAAUCUUGGUAUAGUAUUGGUUAAUUUAAUUCUUAGCUGUGGCCUACCUGUAAAACGCAUGGGUAAAAACAAUGUAAUGCUGUUUUGUUUGCCAACACCAGAAACUGAUAAGCCAACCUCCUUGUUGUUACGUGUUAAAACGGGGGAGGAGGCCGAUGAGCUUUUAGAAGCAAUUGAAAAAUAUAAAAAAUAAAGAUUGAAUGAACAGGUUUCCGCUAA